UCGCACCGCACCGCCACGAUUGCUAGACGAUUCGUCUCUGUUACUGCCUCAGUGUGAAGGCAGCUACUGCGCUCAGCUUCGUUGGCAUACAUGUUCCUUUCCCUGGUCGUAUCAAGUUGAGGUAUCUGUGAUGCCUCAGGCCUACCGCGGAGGCCCGAGAGCGAGCCUCGAAGCUGCAACAACGUACCCUUGCCUCGGCCUGGUUCUGCCAAACGGCGCACCAGGGCAAACCGUUUUCCAACUGGGCAUCAAAACGUCGAAGCCGAAAACGUGGCAGCAUGGCGACGCAGAGCAACUGGGCGCAAGUCCGACAACAAGCAAGAGCUCAGGAGACGCAGACAGAAACGCUCUUCCACACCUAUGCACAGUUCGCUUCACAAACAGACAUAGACCCUGUACCAAGCGAAGAGGAGCGGAAAACAGAGGAACAGCUCAAUGAGCUCCUGGAGAAGCGCUCAGCAACCCUCCAACAGCUCGCCCGCCUCCUCGACUCCGAACCCACCCCCUCCGCCCUGAAAUCCACCAACCUAGCCCGACACCGCGAAAUCCUACAACAACACCGCACCGAGCUUUCCCGCUUGAAAUCGCAAAUAGCAACCACCCGCGACCGCGCUAACCUCCUCUCCACCGUCCGCUCGGACAUUGCCUCCCACCGUGCCAACAACCCGGAAGCGGCCGAGGCGGACUACAUGCUCGACGAGCGAAGGCGGAUCGAGAAUAGCCAUGGGAUGGUGGAUAGCGUAUUGAGCCAGGCGUAUGCGACGAAUGAGAGUUUUGCGCUGCAAAGGGAGACUUUGGCGAGUAUCCAACGGCGGAUUACGGGAGCCGCGGCGCGGUUACCGGGAGUGAAUGAGUUGAUGCAGCGCAUUGGGAGUAAGAAGCGGAGGGAUGGAAUCAUCUUGGGUGUGCUGAUUGCGGUUUGCGUGUUGGUGUUGCUUUGGUUUUGGUGAAGGUCGGCAUCGUGGUCCAUUUGGCUAGUUCGGUGUUGUGGCGCUGCGUGGUAAGCGUCCGUUCUUACGCCAAGGCUUUGAGAUGCUCCGAGUUGCGCCCGCCGUGGCCAGUUGCAGUUUCCAUGUCGCAUGAACAGAACC